AUGGAGUUUUACGGCUACAACGGCGAUGAUCGCUACUGGAGUGCUCCCCACCAAGGUUUCGAACCCGCACCCCACUAUCCCUCUCCAUACGAUCCCGGUGAGUAUUACUCAACCCCGUUUGACUACUCUGUAUCUACUUAUCCCGAUCCGAUUAGUUAUGCUCCUCCGUCUUACGAUUACUACCACUACUCUGUAUAUCAACCGGAGACGAACUAUAGUUGUUACGAACAGCCCCCUCCCUAUUCCCACACCAGUUUUACAAUAUCACACUCUAAUGUGGAGUUCAGUAUACCCGAAUUCGAAGAGUAUGACCCCACUCCCUAUGGUGGAGGUUAUGAUCAGGCCAUGACAUACGGAAAGCCUCUUCCUCCUUCCGAUCGCAUCUGUUAUCCUCGCUCCCUCCCCCAAUCGGAUGCCCCGGUGAAUUUCUCUUUCGAUUCGAUCCCUUCGCCCUAUGGGAAAGACCAAGAUGUUACCCCAACUAUCCCUAGCGAACCGGCAGAUACCAAACCCGAAACAGGUAAGAUUAUCGAUGAUGAUGGGAAGGGCAGUGAGCCGGUCGAUGUGAUGAUCCCUAUUGUUGAGCAAAGUGAUGUGAUCCCUACUUUUGAGGAAAGUGAUGUGAUCCCUAUUGCUGAGUAUCCCAAUUAUGGCUCUCAAAUUCCAUAUGGGUCUGGAUUGGAAGGUGUUGAUUUGUGUGAGGGUCUGUUUGGUUACUGGCCGUGCUUAGCUAAGAAGGCGCAGGCCGCGCAGCAUCAGAGGAACUGCUGCCACGCCUGCGAUCAGGAUAGGCGUAUCGAGCCGUGGGAGUCAGCCGCGGAUUAUCUUUUCGGUAGUCCUGUGCCGUAUGGUCACGACAAUUAUCAUCAGUCUCUCUACCAGUCGGAUCAAAUUUCUUGGCUUCAAUAG